AUGCAGCUUGGAGCUUGGACGCAGAUGGGCAACCUCGCGGGAAGAGUGAACAUGAUGAAGAAAGUUGGACUGAUUGGGCUGCUGCUUUUACACCAGUCUCUCUGGCCGUGCCUGGAUAUCUUUGGGCGUGUUUCAAAAGGUGAAGUGCAUCGCAACUGCACCAGCAAUGGAUGGACGGAUCUUCUCUCCCUACAUGAGGAUGCAUGUAGCUACGCUUUCAAUGACUCCCUUAAAUAUCUAGAACACUUCUCAGCUUCCCAUUGGUAUUUCUCCUAUGUGAAGACCAUGUACACCAUCGGAUACACACUCUCCCUUAUCACUCUUGCCAUCGCUAUCACCAUCUUCUGCUUCUUUAGGAAGCUGCACUGUACCAGGAACUACAUCCACAUCCAGUUGUUUGUCUCUUUCAUCCUGAGAGCCAUCUUCAUCUUUAUCAGGGACGGUCUCCUUUUUACAGAUUCAGAGCUCUACGACUGCGACAGCUCCACUGUGGCUUGUAAGAUUGUGUUGAUGUUCUGCAACUACUUCAUCCUUGCCAACUACAGCUGGCUGCUGGUGGAGGGUCACUUCCUGUUCACGCUGGUGAGCCGAUCCUUCUUCUCGUUGAAGAAACACCUCGCCUGGUCCAUCUUCCUGAGCUGGGGUACUGCAAUAUAAUACAUCUCACAGUUUUGGCUUGUUUUACCUAUAAACACAUGCAUAAAGCUCAAUGCUGUCUCUGAAAUACUGCAUUCCUAAAUGUCU